AGCUGAUGAAGGCAGUGACUUUGAAGACAGCCUGAGACACAGUGUGAAGAAGAGAGCAGCAAAACGACCACUCAGGACAACCCCAGUGGCCAAACAUCCAAAGAAGGGGUCCCGAAUGGUACGUGGUCAUGGCCAGAAAGACUCAGAACCACCAACCAGUGAUCUUUUUGAUGCUGUGAAAGCUGCCAAAAGUGACAUGCAGUCUUUGGUGGAUGAGUGGCUGGAUAGCUACAAGCAAGACCAGGAUGCAGGAUUCCUGGAACUCAUUAACUUUUUCAUCCGAUCUUGUGGAUGUAAAGGCAAUGUGACCUCCGAGAUGUUCAAGAAGAUGUCCAACUCAGAGAUCAUCCGGCACCUAACAGAACAGUUUAAUGAGGAUUCAGGAGAGUAUCCCCUGACAGCACCGGGUCCAUCCUGGAAGAAGUUCCAGGGCAGUUUCUGUGAAUUUGUGAAAACAUUGGUCUAUCAGUGCCAGUAUAGCCUCCUCUAUGAUGGCUUCCCUAUGGACAACCUCAUCUCCCUGCUCACUGGCCUCUCAGACUCCCAAGUCCGUGCCUUCCGUCACACUAGCACCCUGGCUGCCAUGAAGCUAAUGACCUCCCUGGUAAAAGUUGCCCUCCAACUGAGUCUGCACAAAGACAAUAAUCAGCGGCAGUAUGAGGCUGAACGAAAUAAGGGACCAGGACAUAGAGCUCCUGAGCGACUGGAGAGCCUGUUGGAGAAACGCAAAGAGCUCCAAGAACAUCAAGAGGAGAUUGAAGGGAUGAUGAAUGCACUCUUCAGGGGGGUCUUUGUGCAUCGGUACAGGGACAUCCUUCCUGAGAUCCGUGCUAUCUGCAUUGAAGAGAUUGGGUCUUGGAUGCAAAGCUACAGCACAUCUUUCCUCACUGACAGCUAUUUGAAAUAUAUUGGCUGGACCUUACAUGAUAAGCAUCGAGAAGUCCGUCUGAAGUGUCUCAAGGCUCUAAAAGGGCUGUAUGGCAGCCGGGAUUUGACUGCCCGCCUGGAGCUCUUUACCAGCCGCUUUAAGGACCGGAUGGUUUCCAUGGUCAUGGACCGAGAGUAUGAUGUGGCGGUGGAAGCUGUCAAGUUACUAAUACUCAUCCUUAAGAACAUGGAAGGGGUGCUGACAGAUGCAGACUGUGAGGGCAUCUACCCAGUUGUAUAUGCCUCUAACCGAGCCCUGGCCUCUGCUGCAGGGGAGUUUCUCUACUGGAAGCUCUUCUACCCUGAGUGUGAGACUAAAAUGGUCAGUGGGAGAGAGCGACGCAGAAGUCCACGUGCCCAGAGAACUUUCUUCCACCUUCUGCUGUCCUUCUUUGUGGAAAGUGAGCUCCAUAACCAUGCUGCUUAUUUAGUAGACAGCCUGUGGGACUGUGCAGGGUCUCAGCUGAAGGACUGGGAGAGUCUGACAAGCCUGUUGCUGGAGAAGGACCAGAACUUGGACGAUGUGCAGGAGAGCACAUUGAUUGAGAUCUUGGUGUCCAGUGUUCGGCAAGCUUCUGAAGGUCACCCACCUGUGGGGCGGAUCACUGGGAGGAAGGGCUUAACCCCGAAAGAACGUAAGAUCCAAGCUGAUGACAAGGUGAAGCUGACAGAGCACCUCAUCCCCCUGCUACCCCAGCUCCUGGCCAAGUUCUCAGCUGAUGCGGAGAAGGUUGCUCCCUUGCUCCAGCUUCUUAACUACUUUGACCUCAACAUCUACUGCACAAGGCGCUUGGAGAAGCACCUGGAGCUCUUCUUGCAGCAGCUCCAGGAGGUGGUGGUGAAGCACGCAGAACCCACGGUGCUUGAGGCAGGUGCUCAUGCCCUCUAUCUGCUCUGUAAUCCUGAGUUCACGUUCUUCGGCCGGGUAGACUUUGCCCGCAGCCAGCUGAUGGAUCUGCUGAGCGACCGCUUCCAGCAAGAACUUGAAGAGCUGCUGCAGUCGUCCUUCCUAGAUGAGGAUGAGGUGUACAGCCUGGCGGCCACUCUGAAGCGCCUGUCUGCCUUCUACAAUGCUCACGACCUGACUCGCUGGGAGCUCUAUGAGCCAUGCUUCCGACUCCUCCGGAAGGCUGUGGACACAGGAGAAGUUCCUCACCAGGUGAUGCUGCCAGCCUUGACUCUUGUCUAUUUUUCCAUUCUCUGGACACUAACCCACCUUUCUGGAUCAGGUGCUUCCCAGAAGCAGCUGUUGAGUUUGAAGGACAGGAUGGUGGCAUUCUGCGAACUCUGCCAGAGCUGCCUCUCAGAUGUGGCUUCUGAGAUCCAGGAGCAGGCUUUUGUCUUAUUAAGUGAUCUACUUCUCAUCUUCAGCCCUCAGAUGAUUGUAGGGGGUCGCGAUUUUCUUAGACCCCUUGUCUUUUUUCCUGAAGCCACGCUCCAGUCUGAACUAGCCAGCUUCCUCAUGGACCAUGUCUUCAUCCAGCCUGGAGAACUGGGCAGUGGUCAUUCCCAGGAGGAUCAUUUACAGAUAGAGCAGCUGCACCAGCGGCGCCGCCUCCUGGCUGGGUUCUGCAAGCUGCUGCUUUAUGGGGUGCUGGAGAUGGAUGCAGCCUCAGAUGUUUUCAAACACUACAACAAGUUCUACGGUGACUAUGGUGACAUUAUCAAGGAAACAUUAACUAGAGCAAGGCAGAUUGACCGAAGUCAUUGUUCCCGAAUCCUGCUGCUGAGCCUCAAGCAGUUGUACACAGAACUGCUGCAAGAACAGGGGCCCCAAGGCCUGAAUGAGCUUCCUGCCUUCAGUGAGAUGAGGGACCUGGCCCGAAGGUUUGCGCUGAGCUUUGGGCCCCAGCAGCUACAGAACCGUGACCUUGUGGUCACGCUACACAAGGAAGGCAUCAAAUUCUCCUUGUCUGAGUCUCCUCCAACUGGUUCCUCCGGUCAGCCCCCAAACCUAGCAUUCCUGGAGCUCCUUGCCGAGUUUUCCCCCCGACUCCUCCAUCAGGACAAGCAGCUGCUACUGUCCUACCUGGAAAAGUGUCUGCAGCGUGUCUCCCAGGCACCUGAUUGUCCCUGGGGUCCAGUCACCACCUACUGCCACUCCCUCAGCCCUGUAGAGAACACAGUGGAGGCCAACCCUCAGGGCUAUCCCCGCUCUAAGAAGAGGCGCACUGAAGGCCCCUCCAGGCAGCAGAGAGAGGAUAUCUCUUCAUCCCAGGAGGAAAGCCUCCAGCUGAACAGCAUCCCACCCACACCCACCCUCACCUCUACAGCCAUCAAGAGGAGGCAGCCUCUGGGGGGGUUGGAAGAGAUGGAAGAAGGCAGCCCAGAACCGGAGCUUGUCCAAAGCAGCCAGCCCCUUUCAGGCAACCAGAGGUCAAGAUUGUCGAGUCCACAGCAUUUCCGGACUCUACUCAACCGUUCCGGUCCUGGUCUGGGCAACCGGCUGACCAGACUCAGCCUUAUGGAAGAGGAUGAAGAGAUCCAGAGUGAGUUAAGUGAAGAAUGGCAAGAUACAGACAAGCACUCUUCCUCUAGUGAGCACGGGCUGGAUCUCUUAGAUUCCACAGAGAUGAACCUUGAGGAUCUCUGACAUGACUCUGUGCCCCUCCCCGUCUCCACUCCCCAUCUCAACUUGGAAAAGGCAAACAGGAGAACAGAGCAGAAGGAAGCACUACUCCCAGGCUCCACUCUGGUCUCUGAGGGGAAGGAGAGGUGGGCUGUGCCUUUCUAACCUGACCUUUCUCUGAUGAUGUUGGGAUGGAGAAGCCUUAAGCCCCCAGUCCUUCUUACUGCUCCCUGGCUCUGUCCCUCUGUAUUGAGAAGAGUGCCUUUUUCCUGCCAUGUUUGGAGUGGGUGGGGGCUUCACCUCAGUAUUGGAGAGGCACUGCCUCCCCGUGUUGAGUGGAAAGAGCCCAAUAGUUUCCUGUAUUUUUGGAGCAUCUUUCCCAGCCUCUUUUGUAUCCUUGUGAUUAGCUCAAUAAACUUGUUUGAAUC